AUGCAGGAAAAGCUCUCUUCUAAUAAGCAGGUUACAUUUUUGGUAUACCGUGACGGAGAUCAGAUGAAUUUCUUCCGGGUGGUGGACAAAAGGAAUGGCAAUUUGACUCCGUUAUCAGAAUCUCUAAGUGGAGGUUCGGCCAAUAACUUGUAUGCCGAAGACGAGGAUGAUAUUGAGGCUUCUCCAUCUGCCGAUCAAAUAAUAGAUAAUUCAAUCACUAGGAUCAAAAUGAAGUUGUUGAAAUCAAAGAUGGAGAGCAUGGAUCUCAAUAAAAAGCUGAGGAGAUCUUCAAUCUUAAGACCACGACCCCCUAUGGCUCCACGUCCCUCAAGUGGUUCUAUGGUAUCUGGUCGUCUGAGGCUGUUCAAAGUCCUUCCGCACAUAGGACAGACGUGCCUACCUCCUGGGAGCCUACACACUUCUGAGUCUUCCCAUAAUGCACUUUCUACUCUAACUGCUGCUGCUAGUACUCUAACUGAGAUUGCUGGUGAUGAUCUUAAGGAAGAGGAGACCUCUGAAAGUUCAGCGGUGAUUUCGUCACUUGCGAGUAUUUCUUUCCCCCCAAGAGUAUCCCCAGUAGAACUUGAAAAUGUCCGACUUUCAACAAACAUAGUCCUCCCCCAUAUUAAUUCUUUGCCUAAAAAAGAAAUAUUGAAAAAAGAUAAUGACUCUAUUUUGCAUUCAAAUCUAAAUAUAAUUUCUUCUGAAGAAGCUUCUAGAUCAGGCACAGAGUGCUUUGCACUGUUAUCAGAUGUAGGACCUUCAGAUCAGUAUGAGGAACUGUGCAGUUUGGGGAAGGUAAAAUCUGAAUUUGAGCUGGCUGAAGCAGAACAAAAGGCUUCAAACAUUGAGACCCACCAAGCCUCAGUCCCAAAUGCUCUAAACUCUGAUUUGAUGGAAACUGGGAUUCUCAAUGCAACAGAAGUGAGUCCCCCAAGGAACAAAUUUCUGUCCCCCAUCCACUUUUAUAGCCCAAUCAAUGAUAAUGUCUUCCCAAAAACACAGCGACAACCUAAAUGCUUUGAUUUAGGGGGCUUGAGGCCACCUGCGUCACACAAUCUUUUCCAUUCUCUGCAGCUCCGUAGCAUGGCUGAGCCCACUUUUUCUAGGACUUCUAGAUUUAGAGGGGUUAGAGCGGAGUCUCCAAGAAAGAGAUCCAGUGCAAUUGCAAAAGUGGAAGCUAGCGAGGUAACUGAGGUAGCCAGCAAGUCAUCACAGGAACCUGUGGGCUCACUUAACAACCUGAGAUUUUUUGCUUCACUGGCUCGAAGUGAAAGUAGGGAAAACUCGAGAUUCCGGACUGUUGUUGCUCCAUCAGCUUAUCUUCAGAAUGACAAAGUUACCUCUCUUAAUGACAAAGGGAGCAUCUUCAUUACUUCUCAUGGUCUUGGAGAGAGUGAGGCCAGUGCAGACUUUGGAAAGAAAAUGAUUGAAGCGACACAUCUUUUCCCUCCUGUAAAGCCUGCCUUUCGCAAUAAGAAGAAAACAACUAAGCACUGUUUCCUGUGUCGUAAGAGAACCAAUUUGGCAACAAGCUUCGAGUGCAGAUGUGGAAAUAACUUUUGUGCCACUCAUCGAUAUGCAGAAACUCACAACUGUACAUAUGAUUACAAGACUGCAGGAAGAAGACAUCUGCAGGAAGCAAACCCUGUUGUGACGGCACCAAAACUCCCCAAAAUUUAA